AUUAACUCACACUUAUUUUUGCAAUCCGUUAUCACGCACGUGAAAUAUAAAUAGUAUCGUCAUCAAGUCGGACACUUCCUUGCCCCAGGCAUCAAUGCGCUGUUAUCAGUAAGCUUCAGUCGGGCCAGCUGACAGGAUGAUCAACUUGCAACUGGCCAUUUCUGUCGCCGUUUUGGUGGCAGUGACCGCCGGUGAUCGGCUGCACAUUUGCCAGAAUCAGUUCAGCGUGAAGGAUGACUUCUACGUGUUCAACACCGAUUGCAGGGACUUCGAUGAUGACGCUUUGGCGCGAACAAAUUUCAACGAAGAUCGUCAGCUUUGGAUACGAAAUGGCACUGUGCAGGAUAUUGAACAGCUGCUGAACGCGAGUUUGUACCAUGUUACGAACCUCAAGAUCACCGAUUUGGCGGAGGAAGGAAGCACACCGAUUGCGGUGUUUCCCAUCGAUUCGAUGCGGUUUUCUAUAUUGGAACUGUCGAAUGAUGGGAUUGAAGCGCUAAACAUUAGUGAAAAUGACUAUCGGUUGACCCACCUCGAUGUGCGCAGGAAUAAACUGACCGAUCUAGAGAAUGUGAAAUAUUUAACAAAGCUGGAAUCUUUGAAGGUGGAUGGAAAUCUCAUCGAAAGUGUCCUGUUGGAAGAUUUUCAAAACCUCACGAAUUUGUUAGUAUUAUCAUUUGCGGGGAACAGGAUAAAAAGCAUCUCGGCCUCACAGGUAGUUUUUCUGCCCAAGCUGCGCACCGUGGAUAUUUCCAACAAUCAGUUAACGAGCUUGAAUGUUACGGAAUGGAGCUUCCCCCAGUUGGCCAGCUUCUACUUGCAUGACAAUUCACUCUCCAAAGUGGAAGGGUUGAGGGGCAAGUUUCCGAAAGCCUGGGACAUCGCAAUGGGUGGACGGAAUAACUGGAACUGUGAUUGGUUCGAUGUUUUGCUGGAAUUCCUGAAGCGCGAUCGACAGUUUGCGAUGCAGAUGUUUGGUGACAGACCAAACUGUCCAAACGAAACUCGAAUGGACGGGUUUAUAUGCUGUACCUAAUUGUAGCAAAUAUCAAUAAAACAUAAGUGUGCUAAACUAUGGGUUAUGAA